AAACUUUGCUCCAGUUUCCUUUGAGCCGUCCAUUGAUUCGCCUUCCCACCAUCGCCAAGGCUCUAAGUAGACUGAAAAGUGAAAGCCCAGGACAUGCGACACGGUAACAUAGAAGAACCAACUAGAUACGGUGGUGGUGAUUUUGACUUGUACAAGGGCCGCAUAGCUGGCAACGGCACAUGCAUUCUCCAACUAUAGAUACAGAGCGCAAGCUCUCAAGAUCGUCCCAGUAAGACGUCGACCCUCUCUCUCUCUCUCUCUCUCUCUCAUGGAAGCAAUGGAGCAGCCACUUCUCUCGGGUGAAUCAAGUGAGACGAACAAGAAGAAGAGUUGGGGAGUAUACCAAUCAAUUGGGAGAGUCAACUCAUUGCUCCAGAGGGCUAACUUUGUAGGUACAGACGUUAGCAUCGAAGAGAUCCGAUCGGCUGCCCAUAACGACCCUUGCACACCCAUUAGUCCUCCUUUGCUUCCUUACCCUAAGCCGGAUGUCGUCGUCGCAGAGCAACCAGCUGGUGUUGGUGCGACCGCAGGAGAUCCCGUUGGUAGUAGUGUUCCACCUGUGAUUGGAAGGCAAGCCCUGGAUGAGCUGGACAUCAGGGAGCUGUUGAUUGAUCAUGUGGGGCAUAGGUGUUGUUGGGGAAGUCUUCCUGCUCGGAGGUGGAAAAUAGUUAGGGUGGAAGAUUGCAAUGUUUAUGUUGGAACAUUAGAAACAUUUAUUGAAGAGAGAGAAGCUAUUCGGAGGACUGCACCAUAUGCUGGUAGUAAGAUUGAUGGAAAGGAAAAUGGGCCUGAACUAGGAUUGUGGGAACUAGAUCUCAGGCAUCUAUUCCCAGCUUUAUUCAUCCCACAUGUUCGGUCAGAAGCCAAAAUUCCACAUUCUGAAGUAAUGGAAAAAUGCUCAGGAUGUUCAGGCCGUGGAGAGAUUGCUUGUCCCACAUGCAAUGUAGGCCAAGAACCUGGUUUUUACAAGGAAAACCAGAUGAUAUCAUGUUCAGUUUGUCAUGGAAGGGGUUUGAUUGCUCAUAGUGAUGGAUCAGACACACUGUGUUCAAAUUGUGCUGGAAAAGGUAAGCUUCGAUGUGCUGCAUGUGGAUCUCAUGGAUUGAUCAAAUGUCAGAUGUGCAGUGGAGAAGGCUCUCUGCUUACAUCCAGUAUAGCACUGGUUACAUGGAGAACACUUGUGACUAGGAAAGUUAGUGCUAGCCGUGGUGCUGCUUCAGUUCCUGAUGAGGUGUUUCACAGAGCUAAAGGUGCACAGUUGUGCAAUACACAGGCAUACCAUUGCACUCCUGCUUUUUUUGCCGACUCUUUUCUCCUUAAUAAGUUCUCUUCUGAGGUGAUCGCAGAUAGGUCUCCAGUUCCACCAACUGCAAGAGUUGUAGGCGAAAGACACAUUAUCAGCGUUGUCCCUGUUACUCGCGUUGUUAUGUCACAUAGGGACAGAUCCUUCACCUUUUAUAUUAUAGGGCUCAGCAAUGAAGUGUACAUCAAGGAUUAUCCUUCACGGUGCUGCUGGGGGCUUUGUCCAUGCUUGAAUUGGUUAAGCUUCUCUUAAUUUUCACGUUACUGAACCAGCAGGGCAACUCUUUCAAUACUUUGAGCUUGUAUAUUGAUGUCUUUGUGCCAGUGAUGUUCUUCAACAUUCAGAUUUCUGUUAUAUGCGUUGUGAAAUAACUCAGUGUAUUCUGAUAAACUGCUUAUGUGAGAUGCAUUUCACUCAAAUCACUCAAACACUAUUGUGGUUUGGUCUACUUUGUUCUGCAUGUGGAGAGGAUCCUAAUGAGGAGUCAUAUGUCGGUGUUUGCUGAAUCA